CCCACCUCCCUGGGUGGAAUCUUGGGCCCCAGGCGAGCCGACUGGGCGGCCAGCGCUCCACUCAGCCGGCUGGUCUGUUUGAGGGUUGCCCUGACGACACCCACUUCCGGGAGCAGGGCUCGGCGAAUCCGGCUCGCCGGGUGCGGGCGGGCCCCGGAGGCCUUCCCGGACUGUGUGGAUCGUUGCUCGCCAGCACCUGCUCCCGGGAGUGGAGGGCGAGGUCUCCGCCCCAGCCUCGGGGUGUGACCUUGAGCGGCGGCCCUCAGACUGUUUCUUUGUUGCUCCUGGCAACAGCCACUUCCGGGAGCGAGUGCAGUUCCCCCAGCAACGCGAGCCCCGGAGCCCCGGGUUCCCGCCUCCCAGCGGCAGUUAGUCGGUCGGUCGUCGCUGUUCGCCGCUCAUCCUGGGCCUUCUCGCCUCCUCGGCGGGACCUCCGGGGCCACCAUGGUUCUGCUGCACGUGAAGCGGGGCGACGAGAGCCAGUUCCUGCUGCAGGCGCCGGGGAGCACGGAGCUGGAGGAGCUCACGGUGCAGGUGGCCCGGGUCUACAACGGGCGGCUCAAGGUGCAGCGCGUCUGCUCAGAAAUGGAAGAAUUAGCAGAACAUGGCGUAUUUCUCCCUCCCAAUAUGCAAGGACUGACUGACGACCAAAUUGAAGAUUUGAAAUUAAAGGAUGAAUGGGGUGAAAAGUGUGUCCCCAGUGCGGGUUCAGUAUUUAAAAAGGAUGAUAUUGGACGAAGGAAUGGACAAGCUCCAAAUGAAAAGAUGAAGCAAGUUUUAAAGAAGACUAUAGAAGAAGCCAAAGCAAUAAUAUCGAAGAAACACGUGGAAGCCAACGUCUGCGUUACCAUGGAGAUGGUGAAAGACGCCUUGGACCAGCUUCGAGGUGCAGUGAUGAUUGUUUAUCCCAUGGGGUUGCCGCCAUACGAUCCUAUCCGGAUGGAAUUUGAAAAUAAAGAAGAUCUGUCGGGGAGUCAGGCAGCACUCAGUGUCAUCUCAGAAUCAGAGGCACAAUUGUGGUGGGCAGCGAAGGAGCUAAGACGAACAAAGAAGCUUUCGGACUACGUGGGGAAGAAUGAAAAAACCAAAAUUAUCGUCAAGAUUCAGCGGAGGGGGCAAGGAGCUCCAGCGCGAGAACCCAUCAUUAGCAGUGAGGAGCAGAAGCAGCUGAUGCUUUUCUAUCACAGAAGACAAGAGGAGCUCAAGAAACUGGAAGAAAAUGACGACGAUUCCUGUUUAAAUUCUCCGUGGGCAGAUAACACUGCUUUGAAAAGACAUUUUCAUGGAGUAAAAGACAUAAAGUGGAGACCAAGAUGAAGUUCACCGGUUGAUGAAGCUUUCUAAAAUAUUAGCUCACCUUUCUUUUGGCAAAAUAAUAAUAAUAAUAACUAAAAAGGACACCCACAGCUCUCUUUGAAAGUUGUUGAAAUUUCUGGUUUUCCUAGUUGUUUUUCAGUUUGAAUGUUUAAAAUAAAAGUUAUUCAAGGUUUUAGAACUUAAUAAAUACAUUCUCAAAAGAAUCCGCCUAAACUA